AUGGUUCCUGUCUACCUUUCGGGUCCCUGUUUUGGCGACGCUACGCCAGAGUCUACUCCCAGCCAAGCGUCUCCAAAGCCCACCUUGCAUCCUCAGAACGAAGAUAUGUUGCAGGGCAUUGACCUUCUCGCGCCGGGCGUCACUGAACAUGUCCCAUCUACGGACCUGAGAGCCGAUGUCACUCGAAGCGACGACCUUUCCAGAGUUAUCAGCCUUUUGGCUUCAGAUGAUGCCGAUGGUCCUCGGAUACUAGACUUCAUGGGAGACUAUGAUGAUGAAUCGAUAAUCGAAGAAACGGCAUCUUCAAGCCUGAACAUUGGCGCCAAUUUCUGCCUGUAUGACACCGGGACGGAUGCUCCGUUGAUUUGCCUUUCUCAAGAAGAUCAGGACCAAGUUCAAGCCUAUCGAACUUCCCCGACGCCCGCUGUCUCCAAUGCUGAUUCUGAUGGUUAUGCUGAAGCUAAUGUCAACUCCAACGCCGAUGCCAAUUCCAGAGAUAACGAUUUACCCCGGCUCUUCCCUGACCUCGCGGGCAUCGAGAUGAACACCUUUUCAAAUGAACACCGGACUGAACCCGACGCCACGGCUAAUAACUCUGUUAAGUCUGUUUGUGCUGGUAACCCCUCUCCGGCCUUUAAUGAAGGUCAGGGACUGAUUGACUGUGAUGCAUUGGAUGGCCAUAACGAGGAUUACGGCGACGUGCAGGAUGAAGCCAGGGCUGUAGAAGAGAACGUGGACUGCGAGGAGGGUUGGGUGGUGGCGCCAUCUGAGACGAUGACCGUCGUCUUCAGUCAGGAAAUCGAUGACGUUAUCGACCCUGCACUUGUUGAAGAGACUCUUCAAGGUCCGGACGCCCCUGAAGGCGAGAAGCAGGGCAGCAACGAGAAUGCUGCCACGGAGAUUGAGGAAGGUUUCGAUGGUGACGGUGCGGCUACAGCGGUUGACGCGGUAGGAGGCUUUGAAGGCGACUUGGGAAUACCGAGUUCUCCGCCAACUUCCAGUCCUCCGGCAGUCUUCACGUCAUCCCCGGAUCUGUCUCCAGUGUGGCCAGCCGGGUAUAGCUCAUCUCCUCCAGAGGACUAUGACGACGACCUGGACGGCUUCACAUUGGAUGGCUCGCCUAAACCUUCCACCACUGCAAGGGAGUCCUUCGGUAGACUGCUUCACGUGGAGCAUGCGCACAGCGAUGACGAUGAACGCAUGGAGCUUGAAUCUGUUGUCUUAUUAAAUUCCGUUGACAGCAAUGCCGAAGCUUCAGGCCACGAGCAAGGCCUAGAGGAGAGUUUGACUGUUCCCGAUGACCGCGAAGAAUCCGGGUCAGACUAUCGCCUAGAUGUCGUGGAACACUUGAAGGCAGAUGUGGGCCUGGCCUUUGGAGAUCACGUCCGUGAAUCUGGCGCUCAAGGCGAGUUUGCUGAAAGCGAUUCUCAAGGUCCAGGCUCAUGCAUGGCGGACAUUCAAACAGAUAAUUUGGACACGAUAUCCCCUCAUGGUGCAGCGGUGAAGAAAGCGAACAUGAGCAAGGAAAACAUCCUGCCCUUGCCACCGAACACGGAAUCGCCCUAUACCCACGACGCCGUCAUGGCGAUUGAGACCCCAUCUGGCGCUGGCAAUCGGGGUGAAGCCACGUUACAUUCCAGCUUUCGACAUCUCGCGACGACGUCAUCUGUAUGCUCCCCUGUCCCAUCGCAACAGCCAAUUCCGGGCGAAGUGAGCCCCGUAGAUGCGACAAUGAGGUUGGACCAAGUACCCGAAUCCAAGUCGGCUUCUAUGGAAAUAGUUCCAGAAGUGCAAACUAUUUUGAACGUGGCAUCCAAGGCCCCUAGAGGGACAAACUCGCCCAAGACUGUGUCCAAUGAAGGAAACGAGGAUGUUCAUGCAGCAGCUUCGCGUGGCGAUAAUCCAGACCGCACGUAUUUCCCAAAGCCGCAGGCCAUCCCAAACCCAAAGCGACCCACUGCGGCCGGCCAGAAGCUCCAGGAAAAGAAACUUUCAAAGCCAUUCCGCUGCCCGACAAUCUCCAGAUCCGUUGACAUCUCCCGACUUCCACCUCCGGCGCCCACAACGUCUGUUUCAUCUACACAGGUUUCAACGCCUUGCGGAGAACAGAAACAUGUUUUACAGCCACAGCGAAAGUCGGAAAACGAGGGCAUCGGCGCCAACGUUGACCCCAAGAUCAAACAUCGAACAGUUCGGGCGUCUGCACAGUUUAAAUCCCCUUUGACCGUCCGACCAUCUGGAGAGCAGUUGGCCAUUCGACCUACGCCUACCAUUCAAGCUCUGGAACGCAAAGUACAACUUCUGAAGCGGGCGCUGCGCGUUGUCCGGGAGAACGAAGAAGAGGUGCUAAAAGGGCUUGUUCACAAAUGGACAGAAGCCGGGCGGGAGAUCGCCUGGGAAGUAUGGGAUCAUGUAAAGGACGCAGCUACACAGGGCGGCGAUCAGGAUUGGCAUGGUGCUGGUCAUGGGAAGCGUAAAAUACAAGAGAGCUGGGGGUGGGAAGACAUUUCGGAAUCGAAGAAGGCCAAAAGCAACGGCGAUUCGAGUUGGGGCUGGGAUGCGGUGGCAACGGAAGGCCAAUCUGGGAACGAUGAGGAUGUGCACAACAGUGACGAUGGAGAUCCUCGAGUCGAAGAAACCGGGGAUGAAGGCGAGAUUAGGCAAGAUACCAUCGGGACCAUGUUGGCACAGCUUGGAAUUUGUCCAGCUACACUCGGUUGGAACGAGGAGGAAGGGUGUUUUGUCUGA